UCAAUGUCACCUGUCAUAUUUCCAAAUCUGUAAAAUACUCAUAAUCAUGCUCUUAAUGGUCUUCAUUUCUGGUAAUCCCUGGCAAUGCUCUAUUCCGCAGAUAAUACACUUUAAUCGAUGUUUAUAAACUCAACCAGAAAGAAAGACCAUUUGAGUUUAUUUUUAUUUUAAAGAGCGGAGAGCGAGAGGAACGCAAUGACUCGAAGUCUAAAGCAUCUCUUCACACGUUGUACCAUCUUUGCUUUAUGGACAAAACGUUUCGCCUAGCAAAAUGUGAAAAAGUGUCUUGUUGACUUAUUCUUGAUUGUCCCACUCCAGCCAUAAUUGGCCCCUUCCCCUCUCCCUUUCGCGGAUUUUUCAUCACAUCUUGUCGUAGUCGUCUUAUGGUGAAGACUGAAGAACAGUGCGGUGAACGUGUUGUGACUUGUGUCUGCGUGCGAGAGGGAGUUUGUGAAAUGGAGAUUCUGCACUCGCCGCGUGUUUAGUGUAAAGAAAGUGCAUCAAAAUGCAGUUUCCUCUCUGGUAGGACUGGAUGUCUAUUAAAGAGGAGUGCUAGAACGCGAAGCAAGAUGGCUGAACAGAAGCACUCUCCGUCAGACUUUGAGCGCAUGUCACUGGACCAAAUCAUCGAGGUUGUGACAGCGGAUUUGGAGAGUUCUGCUGGUCACUAUGUUCAGUUUGGAGUUCCCUCCCAGCAGUCAACGUCCCACAACUGGGGCGAUUACAAUCCCAAUCGAGUCCAGCGUUACAUGUCAGGACAAACUCUCCCCAACACAUCCAAUAUUCAAUCCGUAAAUCCGAUGCCAGCUCCGGUCUAUAUGCAUCCAGAAGUGCCGACCUACGAACCUCCAAUACCGGAUCCGAUUUACUUUCCACCCCAGACGGUGAACCACCUCGGCAUCAACGAGAACAACGACCUGGUGGGAACAAUAGACGUCGGUGGUGGUAACUUCAUCAAUGUCAUUUACGGAAAUGCAUCUCAAAUCAUGGCCGAGCAGUGCCAGUUGAAUGGCUUGAAUUCCUACAGCAAUCAGAGCCUGAUAGAUCGCGAGUACGGCCUCUUCGGGAGCCAGCAGAUGACCGUAUCACCAAAUUUAUCCACUCAGAACUCAAACAGCAAACAGCUGAUUGACAAUCUCGUGGGUAAUUGGGUGCCAAAUCAAUCCGGGACUUACAGUCCUUUCGGAGGUUCUCCAAACGUCACUCCUGUUCCUCAGUCCACUCCCGAGGUCAAGGAUUCUGACGAGCUGCCUCGAGCUCUGCCGGAUGGACAGCAGAAGAAGCCGCGAAUGGUCGCCGAGGUGAAGCCCAUGAGACCAUCCUAUUCCGACGUAUUGGCCAAGUCUGUGCCGACUCCCUCGUCGCCUCAAACUGCUCCGUCCAUCAAGCCGAAGCAGGAAGGCUCCGCGAAGAAGCUCGUCAGCAAGAAGAGCAAAACGAAGCCGGCUGUUUUGAAACGGCAGAAUUCUUCAGGCAGCGAUGAUCAUAAUUCGCCGAAGGUGCAAGCCCCGAAGAAGAUUCUGGAGAAGAAUAACUCGAAUUUGCCGAGGAGAUGGGUCUCGCUUGACAAUCUCGGCUCGCCCACCGACUCCGAGCUGAACGCGUUCGACAGAUCCGACAAUUUCGAGAAGAAGCGUCCGCUGAAGUCCUCCUCGUCGUCGUCCUCGUCGUCGAAGAAGGGCGAGAAGAGCGAGACGCUGAACAACUCGAAGAUCCAGAAUGGCAAUACGAAAGUGCCGGGAAAUGUUCAGAAGAGGCCGAUUCAGAUCAACAAUAAUCUGAAUACUAUCAACAGUUUUAGUCAAACUGUCUCCGCGGAUAAGAUCGAGAAGAAUCAGCAGGCGAAUAAUAAAGUUGGCAAGGACGAGAAGAAGGCGACGAAGGAGAAAGGGGCGAAGCGCUUCCAGUCGGAAAAGGCACAGCAGAUCAGAAAGGGUCAGAGGAGUCGAAAGAGGGAGAAUCGGGAGUCGGCGGUCAAAGAUUUUUAUCGAAGUUUGAACAAGCAUGUGUUACGAUGGAGCAAAAUAGCUCUCAAGAUCUUCUACUGGUUGCUGCACUUGAUAUCCGAUGUCGGCACUAUGAGUGCAAAUCUUGUUGUUCAAUUCUCCUGGCUGACUAUUUUUAUCAGGAUGCACAAGGAAAGCCUGCCUCUUAUAAUACUUUUUAAUGUCGUCGUCGGAACAGGUUGGCGUGACGCCCAAUAUACUGUAAGGAUCCUUUCCUUUGCAGGCAAGCAGUCGUUUCAUCGCUUCCUCGCCAGUGCUCGGCAACGCGAUAUUCGUCUCCAAACCUCCAUGUAUCCAGCCAUUUUAAAAUUUUUUCAGGAACUAAGGCAAGCGUUUGAUCAAACUAGGCAAGUGGAGGCUGCUUGGGGUGAAUUGAGUGACUUAUUAUCGCAACUACACAGAAAAAUGGAGCAAGCUGCAAAUACUAUUAGAUGUACAAAUUGUGGUUUGCGCCACAAACGAGUCCCAACCCAACGUCCCUGUUAUGCAGCCCGUUUCUGUGCUCAGUGCAAGAUUCGUCACAGUGCGAAAGAGGGUGAUAUUUGGGCAGAAUCUCGCGUGAUGGGUUUCCUGUGGCACUAUUACGCCUGCAUGGAGGGAGCUGUUUAUGACGUGACUGAUUGGGCAGCUUGUCAGGCUGGAAAUUUGAAGCACCUUCGAGCAAACACGCAUAGCGUCCAGUACAGAAUCGUUUUAGGACAACGACCGCCAACUCAAUCUCCCACCGGUGGCAAAAAGCGGCAACAGAUGGAUCCAAAUACAAGCGAGGCGGAUUUUGAGGACUUUAUAAACAAUCUCUACAACCACAAUAAACCUGGCAGUCCGAGUUCCUCGGAACAGAACAAGGGUGAUAGUCGAAGGCGUAAAGUUAAGCGCAAGAAGUAAGAUGUGUGACAAAACGUGAAUCAGUUAACGUAAGGUCAUUGUCUAUUACACAUGCUAAACUAAUAAAUUUUUUUUUUAACAAAUGGUACUCGUACCGAGGUCUGUCGAUAUGUAACUAACUCUUUCUUUGAGUGAUAAAGAUAUUAAGUCUUGUAAGAGAAAUUCUCGUGCUUUAACUCCGACGUUAAAAAAAGUCGACCACGAAAGGGAAAAUUAAAUAUGAUUGUAGAGAGCGCUUCAAGCGUUUUUACAGAUUGUCAGUGUUAAAUGAAAUUGGUUUUUAACUUUGGAAACGUGCUGAUGGUAACAUCAAAUGACAACGGGCAUAAUACAGUGAUAAGCAUUGUACCUCAUGACGAUGUCGAUCCGAGAUAACUCGUUUAGGUUGUUGUAAGCUUCAUAAUUUUAGUGUCGUACUUGCAUGAUAUGUUUUAUCAAACGUCAGUCAAGUGAAACUCGACAUCGAUGAGUUUUCAAUAACAGUGAAGUCUCGCCUAUUUCAAGUAUCGCCUAUUUCAAGUCGCGCCUAUUUCAAGUCGCGCCUCCACCACGAUCCCGGUACGAUCUUGCCCGCGUCAGUGGCUGACCAAUUGAAAGGAGGCGUGAAGAGCGCGCGCUUUUUGGCAGAUGCGCAGUGGAAAAAGCUGCAGCCAAUGAGCCUCGCUUGACCAAAAAUCACCUGACGUUUCGCGGCCCUUGAAAAUAGACGAGACUUGACUGUCUAUUACUAUAUCAUAGAUAAGCUUUAUUUUAAUAAGUUCCUGAUUGUGAGAAUUGAUUUCUCUUACUGCAGAUUGUAAAGGAAAGUUUAAGCAAGCAAUGGCAGUACUAAAAAUGUCUAUUUUAAUAGAAAAAAAAAAAAAAAAGAAAAAGUAACAGAACAAUUCAGUGAAUCCUCCUCUGGAACGUGAAACUACGAAAAAAAUAUAAUUGCGCUCUGCGUUAUAUUGUUGAAACGCUACUCUUGAUAUUAUUUCGAGGUAAUAUCCCUUUUUAUGCAUGUUGUUUCUAGCCUCGUUAUCGAUUUUCUUUUAUCAUUCUGGAUCUUAAGAAAAUGUCGUUUGACAUUGAAAGUUUAUUUACUAUUUUUUGUUUUCUUUCUUUUUUAUUUACAGUUCUUACUUAACUAGUUUUUGGCAUGAGUCGAUCUUUCAGGUGCGCUUUUUCAUGUUCGUAGUAUUUAUGCAUCGUUUAAUAAUUACUUCAUUCAAGCUGAAAAAACACUGUACAUCAUUAUUCGAUCGAUUAGUUGUUUAUGUAAGAGCAUUUCUGUAAAUAAUUUGACAGACAAGGAUUAAGACUGAUUUUCUUCUCGCUCUGUCACUCAAACAAUGAGCAUUGUUCAUAACAUUCUAAUAAAUUUUGUGCAGAGAUCUA